AUGGAAUUCCAGUCUACACUGCGAAUCCAACGCUUUGCUCUCAACUUGCUGUCCUACGAUUUCGACAUCGAGUACGUGUCCACCGAGAAGUUCGGCAACGCAGACUUGCUCUCGCGGUUGAUCAACCAGCACGUCAAGCCUAAAGAGGACUACGUCAUCGCGAGCCUCAACCUGGAAGAAGAUCUCAGAUCCAAGUCCAUCGCUACGUCCAAAACGGCUGGCCCCAGUCUAAACUCGACGGGUCAGACCUUCGUCGGUUCCAAUCGAGACAGGAAUCGCUCUCCGUGGUGGAUAGGUGCAUCCUAUUUGCCGAACGACAUCAUCCCGUCGCUGCAUCAAAAACGGUACCUCGAACAGCUCCAUCGUGGUCAUCUAGGCAUGCAGCGAAUGAAGGCCAUCGCAAGAAGCUACGUGUACUGGCCCAGCUUGGAUGCCGACAUCGUCAACUUCGUCAAAGCAUGCCAACAGUGUGCGUCCGUAGCUAGAUCACCUCCUCACUCUCCACCGGUGCCGUGCCCCAAACCGACCGCUCCGAGGCCACGCGUCCACGUCGACUUCGUUGGUCUGAUCGAAGGUGAAUACUAUCUUUUCGCUAUCGAUUCGUUUUCCAAGUGGCCCGAGAUCAUCCAAACGACCCGCAUCACCUCUGCUGCGAGCAUCAGCAUUCUGCGUGGGUUGUUUGCUCGGCUGGGUAUGCCCGUUUCUCUAGUAAGCGACAACGGUACCCAGUUCACUAGCGCCGAAUUCGCAGAUUUCUGA